AUGUCUUCCCGAGCGCGUCAGAACACGCGAGAGUCUGUUAGCAACUCUGGUGCCAGCAGCUCCAUGUCACCCUCUCGCACCUCACCUCGCAACAGAGCGGUGCCUGUCAACGAGCGCAGACCCAACCAGCUCAAUGGCAGCUACGGCGCGCCUACAAGCACGACGCUGCCUGAGCGAAGCUUUCAAAGGAGACGGCAGAAUGGCUUGCUCACUCACCAAUCCAAACAGCCCACCAUUCCCAGCUCUGUGGAGCCGGACAGCGACGACGAAGCCUUCAACUCAUCCAAGACUCCCGGUGAUGCUUUGCCAUCCCAAAACGCCGUAGGUGCGCGCGUAUCAGGGGUGGAUGCGUACAGGGGGAGUGCGAGCGGAAGCACCGCAUCUGCUGCUACUCCAAAAAAGGCCGCCUACAAAGCUCCCAAGCUGCACUCUCACUUUUUGGAGCCGCCGGACGAUGGCAGUCAAAGUCGCAGCCGCAGCCGCAGCACGCGAAGCGACAGUCUGGUCAUCGAUGCGGUCAAUGGCUCGUGGAAUGAGGAGCGAGAGAUGCAGGAUCAGAAUCGAAGCAUCAGCACUACUCUAGAGAUCUCUGCAGAAGCCAAGCCUCGCACGCCUGGCUCCCCACCGCCCACUUCGAGCACGAGCAAGAUGAACACGUAUCUGCUCUUUGCCAUCCUAGCCCUCUUGGCUGCCUACAUCCUCACACCGGACUCCAUGAUGCGCCGGAUCGUGCCGGGAAGCGCAAACUUACCCAAAAUCAUGCCAGACAAUUUCGAAAAGCUCUUUUCAGACCUGCACGGCCAGGUUCAGAAGCACGACAAGCGUUUGGGCGUGGUGGAGAAGAGCACGCGACAGUACUCGAGCCAGCUGGAGUUGGUGGAGCGCAAGCUGGAAGCGGCGCAUCAAGUGCGACAAAAGGAGAGCCAGGCGAUCGGAGAUUGGCGAGCGCAGUCGGACAAGCGCAUGAAUCGUUUGGAAGAUGCAAACGACAGGUACAGCAAGCGCGCUCAGCAGGCCAUCGGAGACCUCAUCCAGCUGGCAGAAAAGCUGCCAGUGCAGAUGCCUGUGCGCGUACAGGCAGACGGCGAGUACCGGAUCGAUCCAUUGUUCUGGAAGACCUUGCAGGGUGCAGUGGAUGCCUCCAGCAAAUUGCAAGAACAGGAGGGAGCAGCAUCUCCAGCCAUCUCGUGGGACGACUUUUAUCGCUCCAACGAGCAAGUCAUCUCCAAGCAGCUGCGCAACAUCGUCAGGCAGACCCACGACAGCAGGGAGGGUCGAGAGUCGUUGCGACUCGUCAGUCGCGAAGCGUUCACAGAGCUGGUGCAUCAAGAGAUCGAAAAGGCCAAGGCCGGACUGGAGAAGCAGUUCAACGACAACGCAGCAGGUUUGCAGACGGAGAUCCUGGCCAAGGUGCGCAGCCAAGAAGAAAUGUACGAGCGCAGCGGCUCGUGGAGCCCCUUUCGAAAGGGCCAAAAGUCGGAUGUGGAUGGCGACGAAAAGGUCUCUGCUUCCGCCGUCAGCUCCAUGAUCGACGCGGCGCUCGAGCGCUACGCUGCAGACCGAGUGGGAAGGACGGACUUUGCAUUGCGCUGGACGGGUGGAAGAAUCAUCCCGCAGAUCACGUCCGGUUCGAUGCGACCACGAAGCACCCUGUCAAAGAUGCUGCCGGGCUUUCUGGGAGGUCGUAGCAGCCAGCUCUUGCACUCUCCUGCCGUCGUCAUUCAUCAUGACAACGCACCAGGUCAAUGCUGGGCUUUUGCGGGCGACACUGCCCAGCUCGGCAUCCGCCUAGCCAAGCCAGUCGUCGUCACGGACGUGUCCGUCGACCACUUGCCUCAGCCCGUCGCGCUACACAUGAACGAAGCUCCAAAGGACAUCGUUGUGUGGGGCCUAAUUCGAGACAAGCACGAUGUUCGACGAUUGGAAGAGUAUCGCAAGGAGCAAGCUUCGGAUCCGGACAAGCUGAGCGAUACGCCCAAGCCCACGCCACCUACUCCCAACCACAUUCACUUGGCAAGCGUCACCUACGACGCUACGCCCGGUUCGAGAUCGGUUCAGAACUUUGAAGCGUCGGAAGAACAAAAGGCGCUCAGACUCGCAAUUGUCGAUACGCAGUGGAACUUUCUUUCGAAUUGGGGCGACAAGAGAAGGACGUGUGUGUAUCGCGUCCGAGUUCACGGCGAGGUUGCCGUUUGA